CCAACCAAAUUCACAACUAAAAAAUUUAUUGAAAAGAGAAUACUUCAUUAAUUUAUAUUAAUAUCAAGAAGCGAAAAUGAUUGAAUAAAUACCUUUCUCUCUCUCUAUAAACGUAAGACUUCUUAAAUAAACACAUAAAGUAAAACAAGAAAUUCAAUACUUAAAGCGAAACAGCACCCUAGCACAUCACAUCACCAAUCACAUACAUCAAUAUUAUUGGCCCAACGAUGAGAUAUGAAUAGCUGGUUGUAUGACAACACAAUUAAAAUCAGUAUAUGUAUUAAUGUUUGUGUUUGUAAUACCAAGCGCGUGUUUAAAUCGCCAUCAGCGGGAAAUCCUCGACUAUGCCUGACAAAAAGCGUUAACCGGAAGCGUGGAAUAGCCGAAAAGGAAAACAAAUAAAAUAUAAAACCUUAUAAAAAUAUUUCUAAGAAGUGUGGCUAAGGCAACAAAAUAAAUUUCUUAUUAUAUGUAAUAUUAAAUGUGCAUUUCUGUGUGUGAGGCAAUGUGCUUACCAUUACCUUCAUAUAUAUUUGUUUGUAUAAAUGGUGAGCUAAUAUUACGAAAGGAGGUUUCAAAGCAAAACACACAGAGAAGAGUGAAAGUUCUUAACAAUUCUAUGGAUUUAUGCUGAUUGCACGGGAUUACUGGAUAAAUUGGAAAGGCUUCAAUAUGAAUUCUGUGCAAUUUUUUAUCGCUGCGUUAUUGGCAACUAUCGACAUUCACCUGAAUCAAGCGCUCAACCUCUCAAAUCUAUCCGUCCCGCGUAUAAUCGAUGCCGGCCAGAAGGCAAAACUGUUUUGUAGCUAUGAAAUGGGUAACCGCACAUUAAACUCGGUUAAGUGGUAUAAGGAUGGACAGGAGUUCUUCAGAUACUCACCUCUCACACCGCCAACUACAAAUUGGUUUCCCGUCAAAGGUGUUACCAUUGCUGAUGGCUCAUCGCACUGCAAUCAAUUCAUCUGCAAUGUCGAGCUGGAGAAACUGAAUGUCCAUUCAUCCGGUUCGUAUCGUUGUGAGGUGUCCGGUGAUGCGCCCGAAUUUAAAUUGAUCGAUAAAACGGCCAAUAUGACAGUGGGCGUUUUGCCCAAAUUUGACCCGUCCAUCAGCGGCAUUGUGCAUCCAUAUAGAUAUGGGGAUUUUCUGGCAGUGAAUUGCAGUUCAGAUUGGUCAAAUCCAGCAGCAACACUUACAUGGUAUAUCAACAACAAAACGGCACCAUUGAAUAGUCUACAACCACAAAUAAAUGAAAUCACAAGAAAUAUUGCCGGUUUCAUGUUAUACGCCAGUUCACUGCAACUACGCAUAAACAUCGAUGAUCCACGAUUCAUAACGAAAAGUGAGAUUCUCGAACUGAAAUGCGUGUCCGAUAUAAUGGGCAUAGCAAGUGUGCGACGUGAGAAAAAAGCUCGUGUGACAAUUUUGGCGUUACGCGAUGCUGGACACAAGCAGCGCCUCUUGGGGCAGGGCAAUAACGGUGAUGCAGCCAAUACGGGCGGCAGUUGUGUAAGAAUAGGCACUAUACAUCACUAUAUCUGCUGGUUAUGUUUCCUAUUAUUUACUUGUUGGAGCCUACAGUUGCCCAACUGUCAUUGGAGUUAGCUGUGUGCAGAAAAUGAAAUUCAACGACAAAGCCUGCCAGCUUAGAGCAUAAUUAGUUGUAAUUUAGUAAAUUAAUGUGAAAUAAUUUUAAGAAUUAGAAAAUAUGCCGACCUAAUCACAUAGAAUUAAACAAAAAUACCAUAACUGGUGUUAUGACAAAAAUACAACAACAAAAACUUAAUAUAUGCAUAUAAGAUGCAGAAAUGGAAACGAAAUACUCGCACAGAAUUUAAACACAUAACAGCAUACAUAUGUAUAUCAAAGUCUAAAGGCACUCAAAAAAAUUAUCAAAAUAAUAGCUAAUCACCACACCAAAACACACUAACAAAAAGAAAAUAAUAAUAAUAAUUUAGAACAUCAAAUCACUAUCAAAAAUCACUCUACUAUAAAAGAAAGGAAAUUUUC